UACAGUUUAACAACGUCUAAUAAACCUAAAAUAACAAAAAUGUUCAAAUACUUCCUUCUUGCUGCCUUGAUCGCCUGCGCUGCCGCUGGCAAUCCUGAGGAUGAACACGCCGAAGCCACUCUCUUGAAAUCUGAUGUUAGAGCUGAUGGUUUUGAUUCUGCUUUGGAGACCACCAAUCAUAUCCAUCAAGUUGCCUCCGGUGAUGAACAUGGUAACAUUCACGGUGAUUUCGAAUGGGUUUCUCCCGAAGGUGAACAUGUUGCUGUUAAAUAUGUUGCCGAUGAAAACGGUUAUCAACCCAGCAGUGAUGUUUUGCCCACUCCCCACCCUAUCCCUGCUGCCAUCUUGAAGGCUAUUGAAUACAUCCAUGCUCAUCCCCCCAAGGAAGAAUACCAUCAUUGAGUUUUUGUUCAAGGAAUAAUGAAGAGAUAAUUGGUUAAACUGCCAAUAAAUAUAAUAUCAUAAAGUAACCUAAA